CAUUUCUCCGCUUCUGCCCCCGUUUCUUCUUCUGCAGAGCAGAUCUACUCAUAAUUUUCCUUCACUUUCGCGCGAAAAGUAGAAGGGAAAAAAAACAUAGCUUAGAAAGAAAAGAAAAUGUCACACAGCGAUACAAUACCCUUACAUGCCUCCUCCCAGUCCGAUAUCGACGAGAUCGAGAACUUAAUCCACACCAGUGUGCAAUCGGGCCCCAGCACAGUACUACCGGCUCGCCCCCCCAGUCCACCUCGGGCCUCGAUCCCCGUCUCUUCCGCUCCUUUUAUCCCGUCUAACCUCCCACAUCCUCCGCCGUCUUCCAACCAGAAGGUGCCUCCUGUUCCUGCUCCGCCUCCGCCUCUUCCUCCAUCCAGUAGCUCUCGCCCGAACAUCACCGCGAACGGGUUCGGUUCACCUCCAAACACGUUGACGGAGCCCGUGUGGGACACGGUGAAGAGGGAUCUGUCGAGGAUCGUGAGCAAUUUGAAACUCGUUGUGUUCCCUAACCCCUUUCGUGAAGACCCCGGUAAGGCAUUGAGGGAUUGGGAUCUUUGGGGGCCAUUCUUCUUCAUCGUGUUCCUCGGCCUCACGCUUUCGUGGUCUGCGUCGGUCAAGAAGUCGGAGGUCUUUGCGGUCGCAUUUGCGCUACUUGCAGCUGGUGCUGUAAUCUUGACAUUGAAUGUACUGCUACUGGGCGGACACAUAAUUUUCUUUCAAAGCCUUAGUCUUCUGGGGUAUUGCCUGUUCCCUUUGGAUGUUGGAGCUCUGAUCUGUAUGCUGAAGGACAAUGUGAUAUUAAAAGUGAUUGUGGUUUUUGUGACAUUGGCUUGGAGUUCCUGGGCUGCUUAUCCUUUCAUGAGUUCGGCGGUCAAUCCAAGAAGAAAAGCCCUUGCUCUCUACCCCGUUUUUCUCAUGUACGUAUCUGUUGGUUUUCUUAUCGUCGCCAUCAACUAAUGCAUCAAGCCCAGGAUUCUAUUGAACUGUCUAAAAAAUACACAGUUAUAUAGGAAAUUUAUGUCGUGGAAAUUCUCUUUUAGCAUGUCAUUUUUGACUCCUGAUUUUUGAAAGUCUAAACCUGCCAAAUGUAUGUAAAAUGGAACUUAUAAUGCAUUUUUGUAUCUUGUGUCUUUUGAUGUGAUGAACCGAGAGAUUCAACAUUUUUUGCCUGUUUAGACCUGAGUUUGUUGAUAAACUAAUGUUAGUCUCU